GGCGGGACUGUAUGCAACAGAGAGAAGGAAAGACGCGGGUAGUCUUUAUAGCAAUCCCUCUCCCUUUAAAAAAGAGUGCACGCUGCUGUUAUGCCGUCGCUUCUAUAAUGGCCCCAAGGAUGGCUGUAAGAUGACAGUUUUCAAUGUUGCUUCACUACAGAAGAGUCCUUAAUUCUUCAGAUUCAAUAUAAAUACCAAGUUAAUUUUGCUGUAUGACGCCAUGCUGAGAUUCCAAGAAGUUAAGCCUGGUACUUCUCUAACAUCUAUUUCUGCUGGCCCAAAGGCAUUGAUUGCAGGACGAUACACUAUUCAGCAAAAACUUGGAUGUGGAAGCUUUGGAACUGUCUAUUUGGUUUUUGAUAAAAAAGCCAAAGGAGGAGAAGAAGAAUCGAAGGUUUUGAAAAAGAUUUCUGUGGGAGACCUUAAGCCCAACGAAACCGUUGAAGCAAACUUAGAAGCACAGUUGUUGUCUAGACUAGACCAUCCAGCCAUUGUCAAGUUUUAUACCAGCUUUGUAGAAGGAGAAAGUUUUUGCAUCAUCACAGAAUACUGUGAGGGUGGAGACCUUGACUAUAAAAUUCAAGAAUACAAAGAAGCUAACCACGUGUUUUCUGAAAGCCAAAUAGCUGAAUGGUUUAUACAGUUGUUACUUGGCGUCAGUUACAUGCAUGACAGGCGAAUUCUUCAUAGAGACUUGAAAGCUAAGAAUAUUUUUUUGAAAAAUAAUUUUGUUAAAAUAGGGGAUUUUGGAGUUUCUCGACUCUUGAUGGGCUCCUGCGAUUUAGCAACUACAUUUACUGGGACACCUUUCUACAUGAGUCCAGAGGCUUUGCAACAUCAAGGUUAUGACACAAAAUCAGACAUUUGGUCACUGGGGUGUAUUUUGUAUGAGAUGUGCUGCUUGGAUCAUGCAUUUACUGGCCAUAAUUUUUUAUCUAUUGUUCUAAAAAUUGUGGAGGGCGAGACCCCUUCCCUUCCUGAUAUUUAUCCAAGAGAACUUGAUGGAGUGCUACGCUGUAUGCUGAGCAAGGAUCCUUCACUGAGGCCAUCAGCUACAGAGAUUUUGAGGAUCCCAUACAUUGCUGAUCAAUUACAGAUUAUGAAAUGUAAAGUAGCAAAGAAGCUGGUCCCCAGUACUCCAGGAGAAAACAGUUUUAUCACUAAAGUUAUGCAGAAAAAAGUACAUCUACAAACUCUGAGAGCUCUGUCAGAAGUGCAGAAAAUGACACCACGUGAACGAAUGAGACUGCGGAAGUUAAAUAUCGCUGAUGAGACAGCACAAAAGCUAAAAAAGUUGGCUGAAGAAAAAUACCAAGAAAAUCAUAAAAGAAUGCAAGAGCUUAGAUCCCAGCAUUUUCAUCAAGCAAAAAUAGAUGUGCUUCAUGAAUCGGACGAACAGAAUGGAGAGUAUCUGGUUAAAUCUCAGCAAGACACUACACUGGAUUAUCUGUCCAUAGGAUGCAGUGACCAAUGUGACAGUAGUACAAAAGAUAGCCUCUAUAUGUCUGAACAAGAAGAUAAUGAGAUCCCAGAAGACCCACUAAUUGCAGAAGAGUAUUACAAUGAUGAAUUUGAUUCAUGUUCAGAAACUAGUGAGGAUCCGGAAGAGGAGGUAGACAUGGAAGCAGAUGAGGAGAAAGAAGAAGAUGAAGAAUACAGUGAUGAUGAAGAAGAUACAUUACUCACAAUGUGUACAACAACUCAGCAGGACAGUGAUGUUGAAGCAAUGGUCAGACAUAUGGAGAAUAUCCUAAAUACUAACUCUUUAGGUACUGGAACUGCCACCAGCAUGACUCCACUAGGACUCCAGGGAUCAAGAGCUCCCAAUGACACCACGGCAGCAACCAAGCUGAGACGUAUGAGAGAGUCCGCUAUUCAGAAACUGGGAGCAGAAAUCUUUGAAAAUGUCUACAAGUUUCUCCGCCAAGCAAGACGGGAAAAUGUAAGUGAAGAUAAAAUCAGAGAAUACCUGGAAAAAAUGGUGUCUCGGGCAAGUGACUGUUUUGAAGUAGAUCAGCUUAUCUAUUUUGAAGACCAGCUAGAAGAUGCCGCAGUAUGACAUGUAUCUCAGAAUGGAUUUACUUGGAUUCUCCGAAACCAGUGAACAUAGAAAGUUUUCACACAGAGUCAAGUAAGCAUCCUGUGAUGUGGUUGGAGUCAUGUAGUUAGGGAUAUUUACAGCCAUUUUGUAGUAUGGCUGUAUGAGAUUAAGAGCACUCUUCUUCAUCUCCUAAUGCUCUCAUUCAGAACUUUUCAUCUUGUCCAUGCAGAAGCAGUAUUGGUACAUAAGAGCGCAAUCAUCUUUUCUUUGAAAAGUAUUGCAGGAAAGUUAUAUGAUUCCAUUUAGGGGAAACAGUGGUGUUCAGCAACCUGCAUUCCAUCCAUAUUUUGAAAUGAUACACAAGGCUAAGUGUAAUAUAUGAGUUAGAAGAACAAUACAGAAUCAAAGGAAACAACUUUGUUUUGGUUUACUCAAAUUAUUUAGAAAUGAAGUGGGGAAAGCAACUGCUCUAACACUCAUUUGAUUGUAAAUAUUGGGAUGAAUUCUCUAUGGUAUUCUAGGCAGCAUUUUUACUUUGAAAGACAGACUUUGUGGGUGUUUCCAUUUCCCGAGGGUCCACAAUGUUUACCUCCCUGUUUUUUAUUCUUUACUUCACUAAUUAACUCUUGUUUUGAUGGUGUUCCUGUUUCAAAAAUGAAUCUUCUAGUAUAUUGCUAUCCUUACACAACAGAGUAAUUUGACUAUGUCGUGACAUCACUGAUAGUAAAGAAAGUGACUUAAAAGACUUUAUGAACAUUUUCCACAUUCAAAACUAGUGUUGUUUACUCUCCGAAAUGUUCCCUGUAUAAUAAUAUCCCCCAGGUAUUUAACUGGGGAGAGGCAAAACAUAAGCACUGCCUCUCCAAAUGUGAUCUUCCUUCAUUCCUCAAAUUUGAGAGUGAAAGAUUGCAGAAUUAUUAUUUGAGCUUUGCCCCCAACCUCACUGAAGUUACUCUUUUGACAUUACUGUGAAUAGGAACAAGAAGCUAGUUUCCAAACAGGUGUGCUAAAGGUACCACCAAUCAGGACUGCAUAGGAAAGACUCAAAUGAAGCAUCACCACUGCUCUAGCUGAUAUCAGUUGUGAUUGCUGUAUAUGAAGCAGAGGAUGGUGCAGAGAGAAAAGGUUGUGUUUUUGCAUGUUAGGAAUGGAACCCUUUCCUUGCGCCAUGAAAAACCUAGUUCCAAAUCUCCAAAAAGAUGGGCAGAAAACAUUUGCAAUGUUCAAUGUAUUGUUGAAAGAUUUCAUGGCCAGAAUUACUAAGUUGCUGUGAGUUUUCUGGGCUGUAUGGCCAUAUUCCAGAAGCAUUCUCUCCUGA